AGGGCCCCCACCAGCCCAGGCUGAUGGGGGGGGGAUCCCAUUGGGAUCAAGGGUGGCCCGUUGCCACCGAGGAACCAUGCGGUGCAUAAGGUUAGAUUCCAGCAAAAGAGUCCAAUUGUUUUUCUUGCAGAGGAUAAUUGACGCUGUUACGCUAGAGACAGAUGAGCAAAAUUCUUACAGCCCAGCUCAUAACCUUCAAGUCUCAUGCGUCGAAUGGAGGUGUUCACGCUCCAGAGGUGGAGGGGUGCCCAAGGGAUUCUCACACACACUGUCAAGUCGAGAGCCGCAGUAGAUCUCAGGACGUCAACAAGAAGUUCUCUGGGCAAGGCGAAGGGGAGGGAUCAGCUCUGUCGCAGAAGACAACUCAAGUAUAAAAGAGUCCCCAGCCAGCCUGUGCCUGGACUUGCGUUGCCAAAAGCGGUGAGGUUCAAAACCUCUGUGCUGAGGCAGCGCCGACUGAGGAGGAAGUGGGGAGCCCAGACCGGCAAAGCGGCGACAUGUCUGAGUUCCAGCAGCUGGUGCAAAACUCCAUCCCCUGCGCAAGGGGUGUCCUGCAGGACAAUUACAGGAACCUGCUCCAAGUGGCAGAUUACUGCGAGAGCAACUAUGAGGCGGCACAAGACAAACGGAAAGCCCUGGAGGAAACCAUGGCUUUUGCAACCCAGUCUUUAGCCAGCGUGGCCUGCCAGAUCAGCAACCUAGCCAGCGACAUCCUCAAAAUGUUGGACUUGCAGGCCACUGAAGUCCGAAAGGUGGAAGCCAACGUCUGCUCCAUCACACAGGUUGUAGAGAUGCACACCGAGAAAGUGGCCCGUCGAGAGAUUGGGACAUUUGCUGUUUGCAAGAAAUUUCCGCACUACCAGAAGAUCAUCUACCCAGACCACAUUGAACCCUUGGAGGCCUAUUACAGGAAACCAUUGAACUUCAGCAGUCUAGAUGAAAUUGGCCAUGGGAUAAAGGAUCAAAACACACAGUUGGCCAGAACGGGAACUCUGGCCCGAAGAGGAACCAAGACAUCAGCAUCGCAGUCUUCUGGGAGCCUUGGGAGAAGCCAGCGGGUCCCAGAGCCAAUACGGCCACCUGUCAUCCCAGAUGGCAAACUCUCAGCGGCCUCAUCAUCGUCAUCUUUGAGUGGCCCCACAGGAACCUCAGGUGGCCCUGGUGUCAGCGCACCAACUGAACCGCCACCACCACCGCCACUGCCUCUACCCUCUUUAUCACCAGCUUUCCCUCCACCUACAGAAACGGACGAUGUUCCUCUUCCCACUCAAGAAGAUAUAUUGCCGCCGCCACCACCUGUCACAAUGGAUGAUGCACCUUCACUGCUCCUCUCUGAUCUUGAUUUCCCAUCAUCCCCACCACCACCACCACUGGACCUUACUAAUUUGGAACACCCGAGGCCUCCACUCCUUCCUCCUCCACCACCUCCAGAGAAAUUGCCAUGGGCCCCAGAUACCUAUCUGGAAAAAGUGGUGACCCUCUACCCUUACGCUCAGCAGAAGGGGAACGAACUCUCAUUUGAAGAGGGGACUGUGAUUUACAUGACACGGAGAUAUUCGGAUGGCUGGUGUGAAGGGGUGACCAGCGAAGGUGAGGGCUUCUUCCCAGGAAACUAUGUGGAGCCUUUGGCCUGAAAGAAGGCGAAUGGAAGCAACAGAUAUAACUUCAAAAUACAGGCGACUGACCAUCUUGCUUUGAAAGUGCUUGUAGGAGUGGUAUCUUACUGUAAUAUAGUUGUCCUUGAGUCCCCAUUCAUGUUGCUCUAAAUCAGGCUGAAGUGGGGGGCCACCAAAGAGUUAGAAAGGAGCCUCCCCACCCUUUAUUGAAGCACAUAGAAGAAUCUUCUCUUUGGUUCCUUUUGCUCCCCACUGACCAGAAAGCCUGAAGGCAUCAACUAUCUCCUGACCCAACACAAUCCACCCCAUCUUCAAUUCAAUACUGAUAGAAUUAAACAUAGCUAAAGCUCA